AUGUCCGACGCCGACCAGGCUGCGGCUGCGGCCGCGGCCGAAGAGGCCUUCCACAAGUUUGCGGUCGAAUCGUGGACCCUUUACGGCAUUGGCCUCUUUGCGACCAUGCUGAGGACAUACGCCCGCAUCCGCGCAGUUGGCAUCAGAAACCUGCGGCCAGACGACUACCUCGCGUGGGUCGGCAUGGCGUUCUACACUGCUCAGGCUGCCCUGGCCUACAGCGUCGGCACUGUCGCCCAUGGUCUCGCCAACAACGGCAUGACGGAUGCAGAGCGGGCCGCCCUCUCCCCAGAUAGCCAAGAGUUCCGGUUCAGGAUCAUAGGCAGCAAGAUACAAAUCUCGGGCUGGACCAUCUACUCUGCCCUCAUCUGGUCGUUCAAGCUGUCCAUGCUCUUCUUCUUCAUCCGAUUGACUGAGGGUCUCGGCAGGCCCUAUCGGAUACGCAUCCACAUCGGCUUCUUCCUCGUCAUCGGAACCUUCUUUGCCUCCAUUAUUACAAUAUUUGCCGCCUGCCGUCCAUUUCCAAAGUACUGGCAGAUCAAUCCAGACCCAGGAAACAACUGCCAAGCAGCCAUUUCCCGGCCCAUUGUUUGGGUCUCGUUUGCUUCCAAUGUUUCUACGGACUUAUACCUGAUUUCGAUUCCACUGCCCAUGCUGUGGCGGUCAAGUCUGAAGAUGCCAAAGAAGAUCGCCUCUACCAUCGUCUUGGGCUCUGGCGUCUUUGUGCUUGUCUGUGCGACGCUAAAAAGCGUCUUCGUCUUGGUGGACCCCAUCAACGGCGCCCAGCUUGCCGGCUCAUGGGGCACACGCGAAUCCUUUGUCGCCGUCAUCACCACGAACCUGCCGAUGAUCUUCCCCCUCUUCAAGUCCUGGCUCACCCCUCUCUUUGGAAGCGCCCUGAGUUCUUCCAAUAAGGCGUACAAAACCCCUACAGGCUUCCAGACGAUAGGCGGUGGGGGCGGGAACUCUCACAGCCGGAAUCGCCGCGGCCCUCCGAGCGCCAACCCCAUCACGGUGAACAUGACUUUUAGCGAGAGCGAGGAGCGAAUGGUGGAUGGCGUCAAGAUGCAGACUUUGGGCUACAGCACUGCCUCGUCCUCGGGAAAUCAUGGCCCUCCAGGGAGCAUCGUGGUAUCCAAGCAGGUCGAUAUCACGACUGAGGACAGAAGCAGUCACAACGGGGAGCAGAAUCCUCAACAGGUUCGAGACGCGUGGUAG